AUGAAAUCUAUUAGAUCUCAGCCACAAAUCACAAUGAUGAUGAAGAUGUACUUCCAUUUCCGUAUCCAAGAGCCAAUACUAUUCAGAGAAUGGAUGGCCCUGAACAUGACAGGGUAUGUCUUCUCGUGUAUAGGCGUCGCGGUAAUAGCUGGUCUCUACGAGGUUGUCAAGCUUGGCCGGCUAAGUGUCGAAAGAUCUGUGAACGAGCAACAUGUGAGGAACGAUUUCACAGAUUUAAUUUCAAGCUCUCCGAACUUCAGUCGGCAGUUUUCAAAUUCUUUGAGUUUUUACAGGUUCCUUUCGUCCAACCUAAAGCGUCCCAUGCAUAUGCUAUCAUCUGCGAUUUUCUUCUUUCAAAUGUUCAUUGCUUAUUCACUGAUGAUGAUCUCAAUGACAUACAAUGUACCAAUAUUUAUCAGCCUUGUUCUUGGCCACACAUUAACCUACUUCCUUCUCGGACCGCUGGUUUCAGUUCAAGAAUACGAAAAACUUGGAGACUGUUGUGCAUAG